AUGGUCGACCAUCAAGAGACUGCUGGCCCUGUAGGAGCAGAAAACUUCGGCCCAGACGAGUUAGCGUUCCGCGAUGAGACUCAUACAACAGCGCAAAAGAUAUUAGUUCGUCAGACGUCUACUCCGUUGGGUACCGUCCCGUAUUUUACCUGGGAUGCUCUGUCUCGGAACGCUUUCUUGUCUCUCUACGUCGAUCGAUACUCUUAUGGAUUUGAGAACCUGGGAUGUCUCCUGGCCAAGUCUCCAGCUAAUGGACAUCUACAUGCCAGUGUCGACGCUGUAGGCUUGGCCUUCAUUUCUCUUCAGGAUGGCCGGCCCGACUUGGUGUCCAUGGCCAACCAGCGGUAUCUUUCCGCCAUCAAGAACCUAAGGACAACUAUACAACACUUGCAUCAGCCGGCCACUGACAGCAUAUCCAACUCAGUCAGCAACAACAUCAUUCAGUCAGUACUUCUUCUCGACUUGUAUGAAAAAUUGACCGCCCAUCGCGGCGAAACAGUCAGCGUUUCGAACUCUUGGCUUAGUCACAUUUACGGAGCCUUGAGUAUGAUUCGUACCCGUCCAACUGUCGACUUCUCGAACGCGGUAACUCGCCAACUCGCCAAUCGAACCGUGAUAGCCCUUACCAUCAGCUGCGGUGCUGCUGGUAUAAAAAUACCAGAUGCCCUGAAAGCGCUUCAAAAAGACCUUGAUGGUUACAUCCGGAGCGCGAAAUGGGCCUUCAUCGGCAUGUUAUCGAAAAUUGUCGACUUUCGGGCAGAUAUACGCAAUGACUCACUAACAUCAUCGCGCAUUCUAUCACAAGCGCGGGAGCUGGAUGCACAACUUGGCGUUGAGGAAUGUAACAUGCCACGCUCAUGGCAGCCACAAAGGGUCUAUGUCAGUAAUCGAUUCGUCCUUGACAACUACUAUGACCAUUACACAAAUCACUACACAACACAGGUCUCAAACGCAUUUCGAAUUAUGCGUCUCGAGAUGAAUGGGAUCAUCCAGAAUAUUGAACACACCAGCUCUGUUACUCAAAACAUUAUUGGCAUCACACGAGAUAUCUGCGCCACGGUACCUCAAUUCAUUCUGCCGGAAGCCAGACCUGAAAACAAUCUUCCCUUGACGCCGCUUCAAAUAUUGGAAUGCUGCGGGUUGUUAACCCCUUUAUAUGUAGCUGCACAAAUCACGACAGAGUCCUUCGUUAGGGAAUGGAUUCUAGAGUGCCUGGAUCAUAUGGCUGAGAACGGCGUGAAAAUGGCGAAAGAAGUAGCACAGGUGCUGAGGGUCACGCCGAAAGCUGAUUACUGGUCAGUCUUUGCAAUGGUGGGCAGCUGUGCGAUUACUGCGUGA